GCAGUGAUGGCAGAGAGAGAGACCGUGUUCAGGGAGUGCCUGUGUGUGAUCACAGGGGCUUCUCGGGGUUUGGGCAAGGAGCUGGCGCUGCAGCUCGCCCCCAGCCUCACAGGGGCCUCCAGUCUGGUGCUGGUGGCCAGGUCUGGGGAGAGGCUGGAGGAGGUGAGGAGGGCUGUGCUCGCCUCACAGCCAUCGCUGCGUGUUCUCCUGGUCCCCGCUGACCUCAGCACCGGGCAGGGAGUGGGGGCCGCACUGGCUGCGCUCCCGCAGCACCGUCCCCGGAGGCUGCUGCUCCUCAACAAUGCAGGCUCACUGGGAGACGUCUCCAAGUUCGUUGUGGAUUUCACCAGCCCGGCUGAGAUCACGGACUAUUUCAGCCUCAACGUCACGUCCUUCAUGUGUCUGUCCGCAGGGGUGCUGCGGGCAUUCCCGCAGAAGGCAGGACUGACCCGUACUGUGGUCAACAUCAGUUCCCUGUGUGCCAUCAAACCCUUCAAAUCCUGGUCUCUGUACUGCAUGGGCAAGGCCGCCAGGGAAAUGAUGUGUCACGUGCUGGCGGCAGAACAGCCAGACCUCAGGGUCCUCAGCUAUGCUCCAGGACCUCUGGACACGGAUAUGUUCCUCCAGGCCCGGACAGAGACGGGUGACCCUGAGGUGCGGGAGGCCGCGAAAUCUCUGUAUGCGGAGGGCAAUGCUGACCCCCAGGAUUCUGCCCGAAAACUAGUGGACAUCCUUGUGAGGGACCAGUUCGAGUCCGGUGCCCAUGUAGAUUUCUACGACAAGUGACUUCCUCCCCCCGACCCCCUCACAACCGCUCCACUGUGCAUCUGAUGUAGGUUGGUUGAUGAUAUGAGACACAUGCUGAUAAAAGCUGGGAGACGUGAUCCCUCCCUUUCUCCCCCAGCCUCUUUCACACUCCCCAGCUCCUUCCCCCAGCUCUUCCCCCAGCCCCAGCUCCGCCCCCACUCCCCUCUCACUUGCAAGUUGAGUGCUCUAAUACUACGCUAAAGGACACAAACAUCAACUAUUCUUGGUAAUGGAGCAGACUAUGGAACUGAGCAAACAGACCUUGUGAGGCACAAUUAAUAAUUACACAGCACCUUUCAUGUAAAAGCAACUCGCUCUAAUCCCGAAUCCCUCUCUGCUCUUUCACCAUCUGUGAUCAGGGCUCCCUCUGCCUCCUUGUCCUCCUCGACCUCUCUGCC